GCCUCCAGCGCGAGACUCUGUACCGCAGGAGAAAUGGAGAUGAGUCUGAAUGAGUGUUCCGGAUUUUUUACAAACUAAAAAGCAGCUGGUUGUCACGGCGACGUUUUUAAGCGAGUGACGCAACCAUAGGAUCGCACGCGAGCUCGUUGUUCCCGCAGGCACUGAUGAGCAGCAGGAUGGCGGCCGGCGCGACAGCAAGCGGUGGCUGUCAGAAAAUCUGCGGCGCUGAGCUGCGCGAUCUGCUCGAGUCCAAACACAGCGUGCUGUUCGACUGCGACGGGGUGAUCUGGAACGGAGAGACGGCGGUGGCUGGAGCUCCGGAGGUGGUGCGGGCGCUGAAGCAGCGCGGAAAGCGGGUGUUCUUCGUCACCAAUAACUGCACCAGGCCGAGGCAGAGCUACGUGCAGAAGUUCGCGCGGCUCGGGUUCGCCGAUGUGGCCGAGCAGGAGAUCUUCAGCUCGGCGUACUGCUCGGCUGCGUACCUGCGCGACCUGGCCACCUUCACCGGCAAGGUGUUCGUCAUCGGCUGCCCCGGUGUGCACACCGAGCUGCAGGACGCCGGGAUCAGCGUGCUCCAGGAGCAGGACGAUGGACCUGACGUCAACAUUUCCAACUGCGCACUGGACCCGGAUGUGCGCGCCGUCCUGGUGGGCUACGACGAGAAAUUCAGCUUCCUGAAGCUGGCUAAAGCCUGCUGCUACCUGCGGGACGACUCCUGCCUGUUCCUGGCCACUGAUCCAGACCCCUGGCAUCCCCUGAGAGGAGGAAGAUACACUCCAGGUUCUGGAAGUCUCACUGCAGCUUUGGAAACAGCCAGCAGCAGGAAGGCCAUGGUGAUCGGCAAACCGAGUCGUUUCAUGUUCGAGUGCAUCGCCAGCCAGUUCGAUUUAGACCCAGCGAGCUCUCUGAUGGUGGGCGACCGCUUAGAGACUGAUAUUGUCUUUGGCAUUAAGUGUGGCCUUUCUACAGUGCUCACGCUAACGGGCGUCUCGACCUUCGAGCAAGCACAGGUAUACAAGGACAGCGAGGAUCCAGAGAAGAAGGACUUUGUGCCCGAUUAUGUGGUAGAGAGCAUCGCGGAUUUCUUGGAGGCUUUGGAGGAGUAGGAAAGAAAGAACAAGGCGGUUAUGAACUCUAAUAAACCCCAGAGCGCACAGCUUUUGUCUGGUACCCAAAACAGUCUUUACUGUAUGUCCGAUGCUGUUGUUCAUGGUGUACAAUUAAACGUACGUGUCAUCA